AUGGGGAAGAGCACGGAAGGCCUUCGCACAGACAUCGAUGAACGUCUACGGUGUCUCCAGCAAGAGUUGGACAGGGUGGCGCAUUGCAGCAACCCGAAAAUCACAAGCUCUAUGUUGCACGCAGCUCCACAGCGCUACCCGACGAGCACAUUGCGAUUGCACCUAGAGGCCGAGAUUGACCGACUGCUUCGCGAACAAGUGCAGCAUCGAGAAAGAAAGAACGUGUACCUCUUAGAAGACUUAAGCAGCAGCGAGGAAGAUGAAGAAGACUAUGGACAAGGAAGAAAAAAAGAGAAACGCAAGACGCGCCGAUCAAAGCGGCGUGCGGGCCGCGGAGACAUGAACAUCUUUGAUGCACGGAAGCGCAUGCUGCUGGAAUCGACAAAGACACCUAUUCAACGCGAAAACGCCAGGAGGAUCGCCAAUCUCGGGCCUGGCGGAUGCCCGGCAUGCAUGAGCAACCCAUGCAAACGCAUCCCGGUUGUUAAUCUCGAGGAGACCAACUUCCGCUUGGAGCGAAUCGCAGAAGAGCUGCACUUUGCGCGCAUCAGCACGGAGAACAUGAUUGAGAGCACUUGGCCAUCGUCGGUAGAAAUGGACGGGAACACAUAUUUUCGACGAGUCGACUUCAUUGACGAGCUGAGCUCGGAACAAAGCUACUUGAGGCAGAGGCUGAAGCUUCAUUUUAUUGACGAAGAGUUCCACGAAGCCAACCGCACCUCCAAACAACAUAUUGAGUGCGUUGCAUUGCACGGCUAUCGGACAUUGCUAUGGACUAAAGAUGCCCGGGUUGCCCUUGAGCGUGAGCACAACCGGCUGGUGGCUCGUGCGGUAGCUAUUGAAGUUACGCACGAUAUCCUGAAGUGGAUGUUGGAAGGAUGGCAUUUCGGAGAGCGCCAAUCUGAACAUGCAACACUCGGGCACACACCUACCGUGGACGUGGAUGGUCUGGUCAAGGAAGACGAAGCACGGACAGGGGAUACAAGAUCACUCCACGAGCGAAACGAAGACAAAGCUAAUAUGCUAACUGUUCCACCAGGAGUCGAUGGAAGCAGCUGGAACAAUGUCUCCGAACGAAUUGUCAAGGAGGGCGGCAUCCACGACAAGGAGAUUGGGUUCAUGGAAUCGACGAUGCGCUUUGGUCUGUUCUGUGUGACGGUCAUGUACUUCCGUGCACGGUGGUUGCUCCAUCGACAAAGAAAUUGCGCAUCAGAUUUCAAGCUUGGGUGGGCAAUCGACACAAGCGUUCCAGUACGAGCCCAGAGCAAACCUGUCAGCCAGAUGACCGUCUCCAGCACCCAGCCGGGAUACCAACGGGUGAAGGUACGCAAGGAAAAGGAGCAAGCAGAAGUGCUGGCAGACUUCGCGGGGUUUGUUGCUGUAGAAAAGAGAGAGCUAGAUGCCUCACAACUCAUACAGCGAAUCCUGCGAGGGCAUAUCGGGCGCAAGGCAGCUCAUCGAUGGCGUGAAAAGCGGGCGGAGUACAACGCUACAAAUUCACUCAUGGUUUCCGCUGCCGUAUUCAUACAACGUUUCCUGAGAGGGUGCUGGGGAAGAAGUCGCGCAAAGACGAUACGGGCUGGCAUUGCCAGAUGGCUAGCUCAUCUUGUUGAUGACGAAGCUUGCGAGUUUGAAGCUGAAGUUUUGAGCACGAACAAGCUCGAGGCCCUCAAGAGAGGCGUCGAAGAGCUGAUGGUAGACGAUACUGGCUCAGACAGCUAA